UCGCGCAUGCGCACUGGCCCGCCCGCCCAUCCUCCGCAGGACUGACAGAUAAGGACCUUGCAAGGAAAUCAUGACCCGGUGGGCACGGACUAACACGGCCCAUAAUAAAAAAGCUCUGGAUGCUACGCCAUGGGAAGAGAUGAAGGAAGGAUCCACUGAGGGAGCAAGCCAGAGUUCACCGGAAAGGAAACCGCGUCAUCCCGACAGACUCUCCCUUAACAAGGAGGUACCCCGAUUGAAGCCGAGGAAGAACAAAAAGAAAAAAGAUUAUCUGAAUGAAGACGUGAACGGAUUCAUGGAGUACUUAAAACAGAACUCGCAAGUUCUCCGCAGUGGGAGGGCAGUAGCAGACACUCAGGAAGUGAGGAAAGAGAUAGCCACGGCUUUGAAGAAGGAUAACCGCAGGGAAGAAAGGAGAUUGAAGAGGCAGGAGACCAAGAAGAAUGCCAUGGUGUGCUUCCACUGUCGAAAGCCCGGCCAUGGGCUUGCAGACUGUCCAGCUGUCCUUGAGAGUCAAGAUAUGGGCACUGGAAUCUGCUACCGGUGUGGUUCUACAGAGCACGAAAUCAACAAGUGCAGAGCAAAAAUAGAUCCCGCUCUUGGGGAAUUUUCUUUCGCAAAAUGUUUCAUUUGUGGAGAGAUGGGGCACUUAUCCAGGUCUUGUCCUGAUAACCCUAAAGGACUCUAUGCUGAAGGAGGUUGCUGUAGACUGUGUGGCUCAGUGGAGCAUUUUAAGAAGGACUGUCCUGAAAACCAGAAUUCAGACCAAAAAGCAACAGUUGGUCGCUGGACCGAGGGAAUGAGUGCAGAUUACGAAGAAAUUCUAGACGCCCCGAAGCCACAGAAACCCAAAAUGAAAGUCGCUAAAGUUGUUAACUUUUGAUGGAGGAGAGAACUGUCUUUGUUACUGCCUGACUUAUAUUCUGCCCUGAACUCGUGCUACCAGUUGAGAAUCGGCUCCAAUGGAGCCAUGGGUGCCGAAUGUAGUUUCCUGGGUUUUGAUGGCAAUGAUUCUUAUCAGAAGAGGAAUAGCAUCAACUCUGAGCGAUCCAGAGUAUGAAAGAUGCAUGGUUAGGAGUUGCCUCCAACACAACAGAAACCCUACAGAAAGGAGAAGCCUCAGGCAAGGCCCAGCCUCUGUGACACCGGUCGGUAAAAACUGAUCUGAGAAUAAUACAAGAAUGUGACUCCUCACGGAUAAGGGAGGACUGCCAGCUCUUGUUAGCUCAUUUUUCAUCAAAGCAAGGGAAAGAUUUCUAGAUAGUUUUCUUUCAUAAAUGAACUUGAAGAACUCACCCUUUUUCUAGCACUGUCAAUAUUGAUAAGCUGCCCAAAAUUCACUCUAUUUUUCAACAUUUAUUAGAAGCUUUUCAGUAUCAUGACUUUCCUUCGCUGAAAACUUAAUUCCAGACUUGAAUGUACCUGCAGUCCUUAAAAGAGGGAGAACACUGAUUAGCGAGACAUGGGUGUGUUUCCUGACUACGUGAAUUUAAUUCAGUUCACAGAAUUUAUCAUACGGUGUAUCAUACGUAUGUAUCAUACAGUGGUGUAUUGUGGACUUCAUCUGGAAUUCCACCUGAUCAAAUGCACUUUUAAUUGGUUAUCUUAGGGGUUUUACCCCAAUCAUUGUUUAAAAAUUAAAGUCUGAAAACAUC